AUGAAGAAUGUAUUGCUGGAAUGUUGUACGGUUAUUCCUAAUUUUGUCACGGAACGGGAAGAAGCAUCACUUUUGGAUGAGAUUAAUCCACACAUGAAACGAAUGCGUUAUGAAAAAUCACAUUGGGAUGAUGCUAUUCAUCUAUAUCGUGAACGGGAGCAGCUGAACUGGAGAAAGGAAAAUGAAACUAUUCUAGAUCGAAUUCGAAAAUAUUCAUUCAAAGAAGAAGACAAACAACUUUUACUUGUACAUAUCCUCGAUUUACACGAAGAUGGUGUUAUUAAACCGCAUAUUGACAGUGUCAGGUAUUGUGGUGAUGUUAUCACCGGUCUUUCCUUGUUAUCAGAUGCUGUGAUGCGUUUACGACACAAGGAGCAAAAAGACCAACUCAUUGUUGAUUUAUUCUUGCAACGACGAUGCCUCUAUAGAAUGGGAGGAUUUAGUCGUUACGAAUUUUAUCACGAAGUGCUCGGUAAAGCGGAAUCCUAUUUCAUGGGAAUGCCGGUUCUACGAAGUCGUCGCAUAUCGCUAGUGUGUCGUGAUCUGCCACGCAAUGUACAGCAGAAUGAAUUGCACGCUACCAGCGAUAUUACAGAGAAGAGGCAAUUACUACAACGAAGUGAUACUGAACAAAUAAUUUAA